AUGAAAAUUUUCUUUGCUCUCAUUGCAAUUGUUUCUGCAUUCAAUUAUGAUCCAAGUAUAGCCAACGAAUUAACUGCCUUGUCCUUUGCUGCCUAUUGUCAUCCAGAGGACAUUUUAAGUUGGAAUGUCGGCACUAUAAGCCAAUAAUAUCCUCAUUUGAGCAAAAUUUAGAUAUUCGAGAACAUUGAACUAGUAAUAUAUUAUAAGUAUACUUAGGAAACAAGAGGAUAUAUAGCCUACAAUUCGCAUAAUUAAGCCAUUAUCGUAGUUUUCAGAGGGGCAUCAAACAUAAAGAAUUUCAUAGCUGACAUAGAUGCAAAGAAGAUUGAAUUCAAUACCAUUUGCAAGUGCUAAGUUCAUGAAGGAUUCUUUGCAGCUUACACAUCCUUAAAAAUUCAUUUAGAUGUGUUACUAGGUGAGUAUAGAAUUAAAUAUCCAUAUGCAAAAUACUAUGUAACAGGGCACUCUUUGGGAGGAGCUAUGGCAACCUUGUUUGCAAGUGAACUAGCCAUGAUCGGAGUUAAAGUAACUCUUGUAACUGUUGGAUCUCUUAGAGUUGGUGAUUCUGAUUUUUAUGAUUGGUUUUCAACAUUGAAGGUUACUCAUUCAAGAUUGACAAAUAAGAAGGAUAUCGCUCCUCAUUUACCACCAGUCAGAUAUGAAUUUGAACAUGUUAAUACUGAAAUUUGGUAUAAAGAUGGAGUAAAUUAUGUGAUUUGCCAAGAUAUAAAAGGAGAAGAUCAAAAAUGUUCUGCCUCUGUUUAUAAUCCUAAUCUGAACGACCAUUUGACAUAUUUAGGAUGGUCUAGCAAUUCUUGCAAAACUGAAUUGACAGAAUGA